UAGGCUUGAGAGGAAAGUUCGCAGCACUGCUCAUCAAAUAUAACCUUAAAAUAAGUGAAAACUCGAGCAAUGUAUAGAUUACUUCCAAAAAUAAUAUUAUCAGGUUUAUAUAGUAGACAACUUCGUUAUAAACAUUCACGGCAUAAAAUCGGAAAUCCAGGAAUUGAGAAACGUUUAAAAAUUAUUGAUAACGACAUAGAAUUCGACGACGAAGAUGACUUGAAUUAUGAGCUAGAUGUUGAAGAUAAAACGAAUCAUGGAUUAACACGAAAACAAGAGCUACAUCAAGAACGAGAACGUUUAAAAAUGUUAAUCACUCGACAAAAAUAUUUUAACGUUACACAGCCGAAUUUUUUAACCUGGCAAGAAAAAGAACAAAUACGAUAUUUACAUCAGAGCGAUCCUGAAGAAUGGUCUAUUGAAAAAUUAUCUGAUAGUUUUCCAGCAUUACCGGAGGCAAUAAAAAAAAUUUUAUCAUCCCAAUGGAAACCAAAAUCGGAACAACGAAUUUUGAAUCAUGAUAAUAAAGUAACCGAAAAUUGGUUAAAAUUUCAAAAAAAUCAAAUCAAUUUGGAUGAAAUUUUAACGGCCCAUUUAAAAAAAUUUAUGAAUCGUGAAACAGUCGAGACCAUUCUAGAAAGUACGAUUCGAAAACCAUCGGUUUACGAACAUAAAACUUUACCACCUAAGCAAACUGAAUUUUUAGAUAUUGUUAAAUCAGAUUCAAAAGCAACGAUUGCUGAAACUAAUUCAGAAUUGAAUUUAGUUCCAAAUAAUAUUUUAAAUGUUCCAAAAAUAAUCAAAAAUGAACAUAUUACUUUGGAUUGUUUAAAAAAUGUAACGAAUCAGGAAAAUUUAAAGACAGGAAAUGUUGUAGAAGUAACAUAUCCAAACGUAUCGAAAUUAGAAAGUAAAUUUUCUGAAUUGACCGUGAAUAUAUCAUCUGAAGAUUGUUUUCAACCGAUUCGAAAAGAAGGAUAUGCUGAAGUUAUUAAAAUACCAAAAAAAUUAUGGGAAAAAGGGAAAACUUACCGAGUAGCGGAUUGUUAUUACGACGACGAUGGUGAAUUUUUAUAUCGUGUUCCUGGCAUGGUCAAAUAACAAUUUUUUCAAUUCAGAAGUGUGAAAAGUAGAUACGAUUCACAAUGUUCGACCUAGAUAUGUUUUCGUCAACUGAAUUUUCGAAUACAUUUCUGUCUGCUACCGACAUCGUUUUAAGACAGAAUUAACGAUACAAUUAACGAUGUUUUAAACGCCGCCCAUCGAAUAAUGUUUCAACAAUCUCGAAAUAGCAAACAAGAUUUCAUGUAAAGGAUUACUGAUUAAACAAACGUUGGGAACUGAUAAAUGGUAUUAGAGCAGGCGCCAGAGGGAGUUAAGUGUACAAAAGUCGAGGACCGCAUUUUGGCAAUUGAUUCUUGUUCAGAAAAGCUUAUAUUUUAAUAUUGCGGAUGUUGCCAGAAACCCUAUUUGUCCAAUUUUUGUAUAUCCCUUUUCCUCCCCAGAAACAGUAAAAUGUAAAUUUUUUGAAUCAAAUAAAGCUACCCGAGGUUUUCUGGGUAAUUUUACGUCAAAAAG